UUCAUUAUUCAUUAAAUGACAUAAAGUGACAAACCAAUUCCAAAUAUAGGUAGUCGAUUUUAACUAAUAACUAAUAAUCGUGCCAUGAUAAAAAUAUCAAUACCACACAGCUAUUUUUACAAAAGGUCUAUAGAUGUUUAAAAUAAGGGAAUGCUAGAAUUGACUACAUACUACACAAUUAGAGGUAGUGGACAGUGAAAAUACGUGGUAAAGAUGACUCUUGCGGAGUUUUUUAGUUGUUCCCUAUUAGCCUUCGGGCCUCCUCUCGUCAUGUUCUCGUUAACAAUAGCCAAUGAUCCGAUAAAAAUUAUUAUUAUGAUAGCAGCGGCAUUCGGUUGGCUUGUUUCGUUUUUACUUUCAUCACUCAUAUGGUACGCAGUUGUUCCACUACGAUCAUAUUUAGUAUUUGGGAUGGUGUUUGCUAUAAUUAUACAAGAAGCUUUUCGUUAUGGAACGUACUUACUUUUGAAAGUAACAGAAGCCGGUUUGAAAGUCAUAUCUGAAAACCAGGAAACUGGGAAUAAUAAAUUAGAAAUGGCUUAUGUUUCUGGACUAGGAUUUGGCACAAUGAACGGAGCCUUUGCCUUAGUCAAUGUUCUCGCUGACUCUGUUGGUCCAGGUUCUCUCGGCCUUCACAGUGGUACAGAAUAUUUUUUUGUCACAAGUGCAGCGAUGACUCUUUGCAUGACACUCUUGAAUACAUUUUGGAGUGUGAUCUUCUUCAGUGGAUUAGACAAUAGGAACUAUCUAAAGAUAUUAUGGGUUAUUGGUUCACAUUUCUUUGUUUCUGGAUUGAGUUUACUUAAUAAGAAAGAGUUAUAUAUCGUUUCUAUUCUACCUUCAUAUAUUAUACUCAUAAUUACCGCCUUGAUUGCAUUUAGAUGUGCCGGAGGUACAAAACAAGGUUUAAUGCAAAGCUUUUCUGGUAGAACAUAAUUAAAUAAUUUAAGUAUCGUUUCUAUUCUACCUUCAUAUAUUAUACUCAUAAUUACCGCCUUGAUUGCAUUUAGAUGUGCCGGAGGUACAAAACAAGGUUUAAUGCAAAGCUUUUCUGGUAGAACAUAAUUAAAUAAUUUAAGUGAAGACGACAUUUUUAUUUGAAAUUUCAAGAAAAUGUUUUAUCUAUACUAAUGCUUCUAAUUUCCUAUUGAUUUUAUUUCAAAUUAAUUCGUGUCCCUUGCCUCAAAAAGAAUUUAUAUAAAAGAAGUAGUGGGUUGAGAUGGUGAAUUAUUACAGAUUUAAACAAUAAAAAUAUAUUAAAUUGACAUAAACAUCAUACACAGAUAAAAUUACUAAAAUAUGUUUAGUUUGUCAUAUUUAUAAUAAUUAUAAUCUUUUAUAAAUGUUUGUCUUAGACAAAAAGGUAAAAUCAUUAUUCUCAUUGUUAAGCACUUUCCUAUUUCCCAUCUCAAGUUGCUGCCAAAUUGUUGUCUAAUGCCUAUAAUUUUUUUAAGAGCACCAUAAUAAAUAACAAAAUUAUAUUAAUCUUAGGAUAAUUUAUUUCUUAAGUAAUAUAGUAAUUAAUCAUUCCUUAACAUUAUAAUUUAUUUUAAAAAUGGACGGAACAAGGUUGUUACAUGUCGUUACAUUGUAAUGUUCCCAAGAUAAUAAUAAGACUUUUAUAAAAUAAAUAAAAUUUGAACAAUA